AUGCAAGCAAGCAAGGACACAGGCUUGUCUACGUCUAAUACUGGUUGGUUCCACUCUUAUUUCCCCGUUGCAAGAACCACAGGCAUUGAUCUUUCUCAAGUCCCUGAAGCAGAUCCUGAUGAAGCUGUCAUGGUGCCUCAAGCUCGUUUGUUUCCUCCACCCACAAGAGAAUCCAGAAACGAUACGGAAACAGUGAAACAAACGUCGACAAAUCUUUCUCCUUCCAAAGCUUUGAAGCCAAAACCACAGAUCAAGAAACGCUCUGCACCCAAGAACCCAAAGAGCAUUCCGGAAACAAAGCGGGAGAAGAAGAAUCCUGACAUCAACAUUGACAUCUCAAGCUUUGAUGUCUCCGGCGUUCCUCCUCCUGUCUGUUCAUGUACCGGCGUUCAGAGGAUUUGCUACAAGUGGGGAAUGGGCGGUUGGCAAUCCUCGUGCUGUACCAUCAGCAUAUCGACGUAUCCACUACCCAUGAGCACCACAAGACCUGGAUCUCGUCUUGCUGGAAGGAAAAUGAGCAAUGGCGCUUAUGUCAAGCUUCUUAUGAGGCUUGCUGGUGAAGGCUAUGACCUCACUCUCCCUGUUGAUCUCAAGAACCAUUGGGCUAGGCAUGGUACUAACAAGUUUGUGACCAUCAAGUAG